AUUUCUAAUCGCAUAGUGAAGUAAUUUGCGUAUUUCAAUUGACACUGUCAGCUAUGAGUGUUAAUACAGUUUAUAUUAGUGUGUGUUUGGCGAAUAUAAGAAUGAAUCAAAAAUAAAAAAAAAAAACGAAAAAGAAGAAGAAGAAGACGACGACGAACAAAAGUGAUACGACGUGUCGAACGAAAGGCGAUCAUUCGCACAUUUCAUUAUUAUUAUUGUUGUUAUCUUUAAUCUUUAAAAAUAUUCAGUCAGUGAAAGAAUUGGAAGAAUUGCAAGCAUUUUGUUCAUUUUGCAUAAGUUUAGACAUUUGACCGAAGAUAAAUAGAACACAUAUACAAAAUUAUUAGAAAAAAUUCUGGACACGAGUGUUGAGAAUCAAAAGUCGCGGAAUUUGACAGAGUGAGACGAUAAAAAGUGAAAAUUGUUCGCCCAAUGUGGCCACAAUUUCGGUAUCAUAUAUCAUUGUACUAGACAUUUCGAUGCUGCUCUUUUUGUUGUAUGCAAAAGUGGAAAAGCCGUUUCAAUUGACUGUCGCUCUGUGUCGGUAGCGCACACUUAAAGCACUACCGACAAGACAUACUGCCUAUUUAAUCAGCCGUUUUUUUGUCGUAUUUCAUUCGGUUUAUCGCAUUGUUUGUAAAUUGUUGUUUAGUGAAAAAGUUUCGAAUUUAGCAAAAAAAAAAAACAAAAACGAAAACCAAUCGCACUCAAGUUUGUUUGUUCGAUCGCAGCAGCGAAUGAGCGCGAGGUAGAGAGCGAGAAAGAGUGAAGAAAUAUUGUCGUGAAAACGAAUGUGCAGAAUUGUGAUAAAUUUGUCAUUGAAUCAAAAAUCGUUGCAGAUGAGAGCUUCAACAACACCGAGUCGUGUUUGAAGACUCUCAAUGCCGUUUUAAAUGAAACUAUGAACCAGGAAGCCUUAUCAUUUACCCUAACGCAGAUCAAUCACUUGGUUUCUAACUUGAACAAGAAAAAUUUUGAACAAAAUUCACGACAAAUCGUUGCGCUCGUCAAACCGUUCGGAUUAGAAGCAGAUCGUCAUCUUCUGCGUUGUUUAUUUUCAUCCAUUGAUUUUAGUGACGCCAGUCAAACGGCCAAGCAGUCAUUACAAUCCAAAUUACUUAAUCAGGAGCUGAACGCCGUACUCAAUAAAUCAUCGUUAAUUACAAACAUUUGUUUUGCCAUCGAUAAUUGCUUUGCCCAACAAAAAACAUUGAAGCCAUCGCAGCAUUUAUUCAGUCAAUUAUUUAAAUCGUUGAAUUGCUCGCCAAUUCUUGAGGUGGUGAUUUCGUUGGCGCUCACCUACUCUAAAGCUCCCGAAUUUGUGCGCUUAGCUGAAAACCAGCUGAAAAUUUGCUUACCAUCGUUGAUACAAUCUUAUGUGGAAUUAGAUACCGCCCAUUCAAAUCAAGAAGGGAGUCUUAAUGAUAUAUCACCCGAAUUAUUGCAACUAAUUUUAUCGCUAUUGUCGCAUGAUAAGUACAAAAAAUACGGUAUAUCAGAGUUAACGCAUAAGAAAUUCGUAUCACAAUUCAGCCGAGAUUUUCCACGUGAACGCUGCCCAUUGAUUUUAGCGCCAUUGGUUUAUAGUGAAAACACGGAAAUUUCCGCUGACAAAAUGUCAGCGAAUUCGCAGGGAAUUUUAACAUCAGCUAUUAUGGACACAUCGUGGGCGAGUCUAGUUAUGGAUAUUGGUUACACAUUCACAGCUAGUACGGAAGAGUGUAAAAAUCAUUUAACAAAAAUUGGUGGCCGUGAUUUAUCUGCACAAGAUAUAGCAAAAAUUAUUUCGUUAAUGUGUCGAACACACAAAACGUUAUCCGAUCUGAGUAUAAAUCUACCAAAUCCGAGUUCGUUUUGGUCGUCGAACAAUGGUAAUGCGCAAAAUACACAAGACUCCAAAGAUAAAAAUCAGAAUUCGACGUUGACGUCAAGUAAUGAGCAUACCACAUGGAAACCGGAGGUAUUUGUGCAGGCAUUGAAAGAGGUUGCACCAACAACCAAUUGGAAGGAUGUUUGCCACGGUUUGGACCAUGGUGAGUUUGUGAUCAAAGACCGUGCCGCAUUGGUGCUUCUAAUGGCAAUCAUUCGGCUUGGUAUGCAAUCAAGUGGUACCGGUCAACAUUUUCCCGCCGACAUCAUCUACCGAUCAUGGACAAACACCGAAAGUCAACUAUCGCUUAUUUCAAUGAUCCUGAAAAAUCCCGAUGUGUAUUCGUUUGCCGAUCACAUAUACACCAGCGUAUCGAUUGAAUCACUGAAAACGCCGCCCGAAACCGAUAACAAAGAGAUCGCUGCCUGGAAAUCCUUACAUUUAGUCGAAGUGUUGAUGUAUAUUGCGGAUAAAGGCUAUUAUGCUCAGGUGUUGGAGCACUUUAAAGUGCCGAUGCAACACUGUCCCGAUGUUUUAUUCAUGGCUUUAUUGCAAAUUAGUCCGCCAAUGAUGACGCAGUGGCUGCAAGAGAUUUUCCAAACAUUGAUGCCCAUCUUUCUGGGUAAUCAUCCGAAUUCCGGUACAAUUUUGCACCAUGCAUGGAAUUCGACGAAAUACAAUCUCUCGCUGCGACACAUCAUCAUGCAUUCGAUGAGCGAGUGGUAUUUGCGCGGUGAUAAUGAUCAAUCCCGUCUGACUCGCAUCCUUGAUGUGGCUCAAGAUUUAAAAGCGCUGUCUAGUUUGUUGAAUGUUCGAUCAUAUCAAUUUGUCAUUGAUUUGGCUUGCUUGGCAUCAAGGCGUGAAUACCUCAAACUGGAUAAAUGGCUGACGGACAAAAUACGCGAACAUGGCGAAGGAUUUGUACAGUCAAUUGUCACAUUUUUGCAACGGCGUUGCCCGCAAAUUACCGGCGCCAAAAUUCCUGACGAUCAAAUACCAAAAGCCGCUCAGCUGCCGCAUGAAACAAUUGCAACAAUGCUCACUUGUUUGCAAGCGUGCGUUGGCAGUGUUCAGCAAGAUUUGUCCGAUGCGAUUGUUCAGAUGUCAACGAACUGUAGCAUUCUGCUGAGCAAACAACGGCAGCAGCAACAACAACAACAACAGCAGCAGCAGCAGCAGCAACAGCAGGCGCCGCCGCCAGGUGUCUUGCGUCGUGGAUUGGAGUCCAAUCUCAUUUCAUCUGUAGCUGGAUCAAUGUUCAGUGGUCCAACGGUUGAUUCAAUACCUGGCCUAAGCUCGAAUUUAGCAAGUUUGAAUUUAAGCGGUCCAGCAAACGGUGCAUUCAAUUUUGGCACAAGCUUAAUUAGUAAUUUGGUGUCGACACCAGCAUCGCCAUCGCGACUACUUCAGGGACAAUCAAAUAGUCCAUUCCAGCUUCCGAUUGUGCCAUUGAGUGGUCUGCCGCCCGUUAACAAUUUGGGCCGAAUCGCAGCCACGCCAACCAAUGAUAAAAUGAACGUGACAUCGAACAAUCCCAUCUUUUCAGACAUCACACAAAAAGUAUCGAAAGAAGUGGAAGACGAAGCCAAUGGAUAUUUUCAACGAAUUUACAAUCAUUCGCCGCAUCCAACGCUAUCGAUCGAUGAAGUGCUCGAUAUGCUGCAACGGUUCAAAGAAUCGUCAAACGAACGCGAACGUGAAGUGCAACAGUGUAUGGUGCGCAAUUUAUUCGAAGAAUAUCGAUUCUUUCCCCAGUAUCCGGAUAAAGAGCUACAAAUAACAGCCCAGCUGUUUGGUGGAAUAGUUGAGCGUAAUUUGGUGCCAUCAGCGCAACAGCUUGGGCUAGCACUACGCUAUGUCAUGGAAGCACUGCGAAAGCAAGAAGGAUCAAAAAUGUACUAUUUCGGUAUCACAUCGUUGGAUCGAUUCAAAAAUCGAUUGUAUUUGUAUCCAAACUAUUGUGAAUACCUCAAAACAAUUCCAACUUUCAACGAAUUCCCAGCACAUCUCAUCGAAUAUGUCAAAUAUGGCAUCAAAGGCAUUGAACCACCAAAUAAACCACAAAGUCAAGCGUCAUUGGGACAAGUGGGGUCUUCGAAUGCAUCGGCAUUGUAUCGCAGCAAUUCGGUGACUGGAAAUUUGGCCACAACGCCAACAACAAAAACGACGCCCAUCGCAAAUGCGGCCGCCAUUGCACCGCGUAAUCUUAAAUCGAUUGCCAACGCUACAAAUAUUAACACGUUGCUUGUGGCGACGGCCGAUCGCGAAGAGAAGAUCACAUUGCCACCGGAUCCAAUUCAAGACAAGACCGCAUUCAUUUUCAAUAAUUUGAGUCAAAUAAAUAUGCAGGCAAAGUGCGAAGAGCUCAAGGAAAUUAUGACAAGGGACUAUUGGCCAUGGUUGUCACAGUAUAUGGUGCUAAAACGAGCAUCGAUCGAACUGAAUUUCCAUGCGCUGUAUUCGAAUUUUUUGGAUGCUUUGAGAAAUCCCGACAUCAUUCGCUUAGUAACCAAAGAAACGUUCCGCAACAUUCGAGUUCUGUUGCGUUCGGAUAAAGGUAUUGAAAACUUUUCCGAUCGUAGUCUGCUGAAAAAUCUUGGCCAUUGGCUGGGUAUGAUGACAUUGGGUCGAAAUCGUCCGAUUCUUCACAUUGAUCUUGAAUUAAAAUCACUCCUCGUUGAAGCCUAUCACAAGGGACAACAGGAAUUGCUGUAUGUGGUGCCAUUUGUGGCAAAAAUCGUUGAAUCAUGUGCAAAGAGUAAAGUAUUCAAACCACCCAAUCCAUGGACGAUGGGCAUUAUGAAUGUAUUGGCUGAAUUGCAUCAAGAACAAAACCUCAAGUUAAAUUUGAAAUUCGAAAUUGAAGUGUUGUGCAAAACAUUGUCGAUUGACGUCGCUGAUUUGAAACCGGCCGUAUAUUUGAAGGAUGCCGAACGAUUGAACACAAUCGAAUAUCAAUUGUCACAACCGAAAAAAGAGGAAGUACAACCACCAUCAACGCCACAGCAAAUGGUUGGUGGUCAACCAGCCGACGAACCAAGCUCAGCACAAAUGCAGUCAUCAGCAUCGCCAAGCCAGACCGGUGAGCAAUCAACUGGACCACCAGAGCCACGGUUCAGCUUCACCGACAUUACAAUCGGCAGCAUGUCGAAUUUGGCACAGCAUAUUGUUUACUCGCCCAACAUCACCAUUUUGCAUGCACAUCCACAAUUGAAACAAAUCGUACGAACGGCCAUCGAACGAACCAUAUCCGAAUGGUUGACCCCGGUCGUUGAUCGUAGCGUACGCAUUGCUGUCAACACAUGUGAACAAAUUAUGCGAAAAGAUUUCGCCUUGGAUCCAGACGAAACACGAAUGCGAAAAGCCGCUCAUUACAUGGUGCGCAAUUUGACCGCUGGCAUGGCAAUGAUUACGUGUCGCGAUCAAUUGAACAAUGUUAUUCAGAAGAAUAUUAUGUCUCUGUUUGCAACAUCGAUGACACCACCUCCGCCCGAAUUGAACGAUUUGGCCACACAAAUUGCGAAUGACAAUACCGAAUUGGCAUGUGCCUACAUCCAGAAGACAGCUAUUGAAAAGGCCAUCCCGGAAAUUGAAAAACGAUUGAUUUCAGACUUUGAAGUCAGAAAGUUGGCUCGUCAAGAAGGAAGACGCCAUUGUGAUGCAGCCGUUUUAUCAUAUCAAACAGCCCGCAUGCCGGAGCAAAUCCGUUUGAAAGUUGGUGGCAUUUCAAGUGCCCAAUUCUCGGUGUACGAUGAAUUUGCACGAAAUAUUCCUGGAUUCCAGCCAAUGACCGAGCGCGAUGCUGCUCUGCUGUUGCAAAAAUCCACAGUUCCGCAGGAAGGCGUUAUGCCAGUGGCACCAUUUACUGCUGAUCUGACUCAAGCUGCAGCAGCGGCAACACAUGGAACAGCAAUGUUCAAUACAAACGAUAUUGCCUUCCAGUUUGAGGAAUUGGGCAGCAAAAUGGAAUCAUUCUUGAAUAAUGCCAUCAAUAUUCAAGCACUGUCAAUGCACGUAACAAAUAUGCAUGCUCUGCUCGAUUGUUUGUUGGCCGCACGACGGACCCGUGACGAUAUCAGCGCUCUAAACCUGUUAACUCGUGCCGUCGAAAAUAUUAUGGAAGGUGUCACGCACAGCACUGAACACGGUGAAUUGCUGAAACACUAUCGUGACACUCAUUUUAGACUGUUGCAAUGGAUGCAAGACAGCCGAGCCUACGGUCCAUUGUUCACACAACGAGCAAUCACAAAAUGCAUGAUUGAAUGCCGUGAAGAUAUUCGUUAUAAUUUAGAAGCGGUGGAACUACUGAUUUCAUCCAAUUUUGCUAAUAUCUCACAAUACGAUUACAUGCUCAGCCAAUUGAUGGACAGUGGUAAUAACUUCUUGGCCGUUGCAUUUGCCAUGCAAUUGGUACAACACUAUUUCAUUGACGACCGACCAAAUCCAUUGAUUUGUGAAAAUGAUUUCUACAAUACGAUUGAAAUGUUGGCACGAUUGGCGGCUUUGCAUCGUGCACCCGAAGGAUUGCCACAUUUGAUCGAAAUGUUGCGCAUCGCAAAUGAUCCGAAUUCAAUGUCAUUUGAACGUGCCAAUACCGGACCAACGUCACACAUUCAUUCCGGUAUUUUGCAGGUGCGAUCGCAUGACUUUAACGAUCCAGGCAUGGCAGAGAAGGUUGAAUACCUGCUAAAAGAUUGGGCCACACAUCAUAUGAAUUCGGGCGGUAGCCGUGAUGCUAACGCAAUGAAAUCGUUCAGCGUGUUCGUGAACAAAUUGAAUUUGUGCGGUGUUCUGAAAACGGAUGAUUUGAUUACACGGUUCUUCCGACAAGCGACACAAUGGUGCAUCGAUUUGGUGUAUCGAAACUUGAAUGAUCCAUCGACAUCACCACAACAGAAUAAGACAAAAAUUUUCCACUACAUUGACGCAUUCGUUCGUCUGAUCGCUUUGAUUGUGAAAUAUUCGGGCGAUAAUCCAAAUGCAACCACCAAAAUCAAUUUGCUCAAUAAGAUUUUAGGCAUAAUCGUUGGCGUUUUAUUGCAAGAUCAAGAAAACCAGGGAACAUCAUUCCAACAGCUUGGCUAUCAUCGUUUGUUCAUCAUGCUGUUCCUGGAAUUGAGCGCACCCGAAUUGGAUUCGAUCAGCUUGAGUGUAUCGACCGCAUUCUGUCAUACAUACCACAUUUUGAGACCAUCAAUUGCUCCAGCUUUCUGCUACUCGUGGCUUGAAUUGAUUUCACAUCGUGUGUUCAUUGGCCGCAUCUUGGCAUUGACACCACAACAAAAAGGGUGGGCCAUGUACUCGCAACUGUUGCUGGAUCUAUUCAGAUAUUUGGCACCAUUUUUACGCAAUGCUGAGCUCGCCAAACCCGUUCAAUUGCUUUACAAAGGAACUUUACGCGUGUUGCUCGUACUCUUGCAUGAUUUUCCAGAGUUCCUGUGUGACUACCACUUUGGCUUCUGUGAUGUGAUCCCAUCGAAUUGCAUUCAAAUGCGUAAUCUUAUAUUGGCCGCUUUUCCACGUAACAUGCGCUUACCCGAUCCAUUCACACCAAACCUCAAGGUUGAUAUGCUAAAUGAAAUCACAACUGCGCCCAGAAUAUUCACCAAUUACGUGGCUAACAUUCAACCGACGUCAUUCAAAAAGGAUUUGGAUUCAUAUUUGAAAGCACGUGCACCGGUCACAUUCUUGUCCGAACUUCGUAGCCACUUGCAAAUAUCGAACACAGCCGGCUCAAAGUACAAUGUCCCAUUGAUGAACGCAUUGGUACUGUAUGUUGGAACGCAAGCCAUCGCUCACAUUCGAUCGAAGAAUCUCGUACCAAACAUGACAACCAUCGUUCACUGUUCGCACAUGGAUAUUUUCCAAAAUCUUAUUGUUGAUUUGGAUCAUGAGGGACGCUAUCUGUUCUUGAAUGCCGUCGCCAAUCAAUUGCGCUAUCCCAACAGCCAUACACACUAUUUCAGCUGUACAUUGCUUUAUUUGUUUGUUGAAGCAAAUUCCGAAGCAAUUCAGGAGCAAAUUACACGUGUUCUGUUGGAGCGUUUGAUCGUUAAUCGUCCACAUCCGUGGGGCCUGUUGAUCACAUUCAUCGAACUCAUCAAGAAUCCUAUUUACAAGUUUUGGGAUCAUGACUUUGUGCAUUGUGCACCUGAAAUUGAAAAGUUAUUUGAAUCGGUAGCUCGUUCAUGCAUGGUGGUGAAAGCGGCAGCAGCUCAACAGCAAAAUGUUGAAGGAGAAUUGCAGGAAUGCAAUUGAAAGUGACAUGAAACUAUGAACAAAUCAUCCGUUGAAGACAACCAUAACAAUAACAUAAAAAAAUCAACCCAGUUAAAGGAAGUGCUUCAAUUCGUGUUUCCAUUGAAUUAGUUUAUUUUUUUCUUCCUCUUUUCUGGAGAGACGUAGGACAAAAUUUACUGUACAUAAUCAGUUUUAAGAACAUUUCAUUCACUUAAACAAAAACAACAACAACAACAACAACAACAACAACAACAACAACAACAGAGUACAUAUUUCCGUCAUCGAAAUGGUAAACCAUUCGGAAAACUUUCACGUCUUUCACAAAACGUUAAAUGAAAUUCAACUAAAUAAGAAAAUCAUAGAUGAUCACUAGAGUGACAAAAUGAGUUGAACAUUUUAUAAUGGCCAAAACGAAAUACACUCAAACUAGAGUAGUUUUAUUUUCGUCAGAUUUCAUGUCUUGUCAAAUACACAUACGCAGCGGAAAAAAAAAACAAUUUUUACAACGACAAGAAUGAGAUUAAACAUUAUGGCUCAAAUGUACGAUUCGAAAUGCCAUUGAAGCUCAUUACACAUGAGUCACACGAUGGAUUACAUUUCGUCGAGAGUCAGAAAAAACGAAAUAAAAUCAUGUACAUUUUAUCUCAUAAAUGAAAAAUUGAAUUAGGAUUAAAAUUUACAACUGCAACAACAUCAAAUACGAUACGAAAGAGGAGAAAAUAAUUCAUGUUGAAACUGGGAAAUUAGUAGUAUCCUUUGAUUGAUGUCCGUGACGGUACAAAUCCGUUGAUAAGCUAAAAUAGUUUUUAAUAAAAUUCAUUUGAAAAAUUUAAA